CCACCAGAUACUAGAAUGUUCGCCAUCAUUCUGGAACCGGCGUUUCUGAAACACUCCAGACCUUUCGUCGCGCUCCUAUAAAACAUUCACUCAGACCCUCUUUUGACACCAUUAUUUCAUUAACACAAGCAUUCUUACAUUCUGAAGAAGCAUUUUGUUUUAGAUUUUUUGGUUCACAGGCUACUCGAUUGAUUUUUUUUCUAUCUGUUGAAGAUUUGAGUGAUUUUGCUGCCAUGGAUAAUCCUUUGUUUGGGGGGUGUUGGGGUCGAGUCCCCGAAAGGCGAUCUUAUCAAAGGCCACAUUACUAUUAUCCAAAUCCUUGCGCUGCAACUUCGUACGCCACUCCAGUAAAAUCGGAGAGCGCACCCAAGGUUAAGCCUAAGAAUGUCGUCACAAUUCCAGUCAAUUUUGUCAAUUCUGAGACGACUAAACCUAAAAAGGUGCCCGCCAUGGACGAGAAUGCUGCGGCUGUGAAAAUUCAGGCGGCUUUUCGAGGGUUUUGUGUGAGGAAGCCAAGGCCUUUGAACAAAUUGAGGGUUAUAAUGAAAACCAAGGCAGAGGUUGCAGAAAUUCGGAGGCGUGUGAAUGACGAACAUGUCGUGGAGUUGAUUAGACGAGAUGAGAAGGAAAGGCUGAAAAUUACGGAGGGGAUCAUGUCUCUACUGCUCAGGCUCGACGAAAUUCAGGGAGUGAUUCCUUUUGUGCGGGAAUCAAGAAAGGCUGUGAUUCGUGAGCUGGUUAACUUGCAAGAGACUGUAGAUAACAUACUUGCGGCCAAAUCCAGGCAAGAUGCUGCUAUAGAAGUUUCAGUAACUUCUGAGGCGGCAGUGGAGGAGUGCCCUACUGUUGAGGAAAAUGGUACUGCAGGAUGCUUGGAGGAGAAUCCCAACGAGGAAUUCAAGAGCAAGGAGUUGCCAGGGGGAGCAGUUGAGGUCUCUGUGAGUAAUGAAAAAGCAGAGUCUCUGCCUUCUCAAAUGCAAGAUUUGCAAAUUGAGGGUGCCCCUGAAGAAGACAAUAAUAAUAACGUUGGAGUAGAAAAUUUUGAACAGGGCUCUUCUGAAGCUGGACAAAUUGUGUCUGGAACUGAGGAAUACACAAUGGUUGAUGUUGUCGAUAAAGAUUCAGGGAAUUUGAAAAGAAACAGAGAGGAAAGCCCGGUGUUGGAGGCUGAUGCAUCACCUACAAUCCCUUGCACAGAGGAAGGUGUAAUGGGACUGAAUUCAAGGGAUGAUGAAAAUCCUUCUAAAUCUCUGGAUUUGGAGGUUGAUGCAUCACCGUCGAUCCCUUGCACAGAUGAAGGUGUUAUAGGAAAUUCAAGGGAUGAUGAAAAUUCUUCUGAAUCUCUGGACUCGUUGAAGGUGCAAACAAUCCAGUCUGAUGAGAAGCUAGAAACUGCAGAUUUCAUGGACUGUGAAGAAGCAGGGGAUAAGUUGCCAGAGAAAGUAAAGCCCAUUGAAGAUAUUAGCAUGGUAAGAGAAGAGAAUGAGAUAUUAAAGAGGACUGUAUCUGAUCUGUUGAAGAAAAGUGAGAAACAGAGUGAGAUUAUUCAUGAUCUGAGUCUGCGGAUUUCACAGUUGGAAGAGCAAGUAUCUCAGUGCAACAAAAAGAAAAAAGUUGGGGAUGGAAAGAAGAAAAGCGGUACAUCUACAGAGGACAGAAGUGCACAGGCAAACAACAGGAGGCGAAAAUCUGACAGACAUUCAAGCAACUGCUUUAUGGAGGAUUGGUUUUGACUUCUUCCCUUUCAAGCGUUGAAACUGGUUCAUGGACCUAUUAAAGUACUAUACGAGUUUGUGUUUAAUCCCAAAGCUUCAAAUAAAAUCUGAGCUCAGAGCCAUGUUUACAUGAUCUAAUACAAGCAUUUUUGGUAAAUCUGUUACGAAUUCAUGGUGUCUAUCUUAACAAUGAUGCUUUCUACGCUUGAUUGUAAAUAACAUUAGUUAAUAUUAAAAGGAAAGUUUUUAAGACGUCUCA